ACCGGUUAGAUUCCAUCAACAUUCAACAUGUGUUAAUCAAAAAAGACUGCAAACAUUUCCCACGUUUCUUUCUGUCCAAGAAAUUAAUUUACAUUUUUGUACCUAAUUGAAAAUAAGGCCAAUUCAUUCCUGAAACCUCAGUAUUAAUCGACUUCAAACAUUUAAAACCUUGGUUCCAAGUCACAAGUUGACAACGAUUUUCCUCGCGUCAAGUAUGGAAUCUCAAGGGAAAAUCAAUGCUCAACAGAUCGCUCUAAAUAAUCCGAUCAUUUUAUCAGAAAUACUAAAACAGAGUUCCGCCCCGCUGAAAAAUUGUCGACUUGUUUCCCACUUUUGGAAUAAAGUCGUUCUCUCCCUUCCGAACACGAGACUCGUGCUAAACCUUAAUAGCAAGGACGAGUAUGAAAAGGACCCCUUUCCAUUUUUUGAACUCUGUUACACCCUAGAUGACCGACUCGCGAAACGGAUUAGCGCACACACAGAUCCAAUUUCCAGGGACGUCACGUACGCCUUCUCCGCCAAGCUGAUGCAUUUGGGUCUCCGAUUUAGCGAUCGGAUCCAAAUAUUGGACAUGCGCAUCUAUUUCGAACACGGUUUAAAACCCAUUUUCCAAGUUUUGAAAAAUUCCUGCCCGAAUUUGAAACAAUUACGAAUCAGGUGUGGAUAUCGGGUAGACAAGCAUGGAGUUAUUCCCGACGGAGAAGUGCCGCUUCCCCAGAAACCAAAUUUGACCGUGUUCGAGCUCCGUUCCACAACGGGGACGCCAUCGCCUACUCUGACCACUUUUACCCAGCUGGUCGUCAACGCCUCGCCAAACUUGAGAAAGGUCACCCUUCCAUUGGGUUUCUAUCCAGAUUUAGAAACCUUAAAAUUUAUAGAUUCUUUGACCCUCGAAGUGGACAGCUUUCGGCAACUGGACGUCGCUCUGACCGACUUUAAACCGUCCGACCUCACCCGCAUGGUGGGUCAAGUUGGUGGCCAACUCGUCCACCUGGCUUUUUGUUAUUUCUACGCAGAUGGAAGAUACGGCGCGAGCAAUGAUCGUGAUCUCAAUAAUUCGACCCAAUCUGGAUUUCAUUUGCCAGAAAAGAUGUCGAAACUGCGAACCUUCAAAAACGACAUGGUCGACAUUGUUCAUCAUGCUGAUCUCUGGGAAGAUGUUAAAGGAAUGCCGGCUAUGGAAAUGCUCAAGCUUGGAAAGAUAUCUAAAAGAUCAAAAAGUGUGGAUACAAUUUUGAAAAAUCGGCCUGAAACGGAAAGGAUUUCGACAAGCGUUACGGAUUUGAGGAUUCACGAGUUGCACGACCCUGGGCUUCUGGAGGGAUUCAAGACGGCGUUUCCGAACUUGAAGACGUUGUGGGUAGACAACAAGGAGGCCGGGAUGAAGUUGGGCGUUGUUCUCAAGGCAUGUAUGGGUUGGAGCGGGCUGAAUCAUUUGCAUAUUCGGCUUCCGACUUAUGCCAAGAAAACGUGGGAUAUCAUUAAACCUCUGUUAGAUAGCAUGGAAUUGUACAAAGAGCUGAAAAGUUUGGAAAUCAAGGUGGGGAUUUUAUGUGGUACGAUUUGACAGAGGCUGAGAUGUAUGUUUUUAAGGAUGUGCUUGUUGCGAUGAAAGGAAUGGAGAAGGUCGUCAUUCAUGGUCUUCAUUUUGGUGAUAAAUCUCGAGAAAAUAUAUUGGAUGUUCUGUCGUCAAACGGUAUGCCCGUGUCGAAAUUUAAAAUGGUUCACGAGUGAUGAACGGAUAAUCAGCGAUUCCGUGUGAUUUGAUAAGACUUCCAUAAUUCGUUUAACACCGGAUUUAAGUACAAGUUUAUAUGUCUAAAAAAUGUUAAUCGUAAAUUAAGAAUUAAUUAAUGUAUUUCUUGAAAGUUGAUAAAUAAAUGUUUCACGUUGAAAUAUUACAU